AUGCCGAUGCAUCCAGUGACAUCCACGCUGAUGUACCGGGGGAUGUGCACCAUCCCCGACAUCCUCUCGUACAGCGCACCGGUCAAUCUCCCCGAGGACGAGGUGGAAGAGAUUCGUGAGGCGUUCAAGGUCUUCGAUCGGGAUGGGAAUGGGUUCAUCUCAAAGCAGGAGCUGGGGAUGGCCAUGCGUUCUCUGGGCUACAUGCCAAAUGAGGUGGAGCUAGAAGUCAUCAUCCAGAGACUAGACAUGGAUGGCGAUGGCCAGGUUGACUUUGAAGAGUUCGUCACCCUCCUGGGACCCAAACUGACGGCUGGGGUGCCAGAUAAGUUCAACGGCACCGACUUUGACUCCGUCUUCUGGAAGUGUGAUAUGCAGAAGCUGACUGUGGAGGAGCUCAAGAGGCUUUUGUACGACACCUUUUGUGACCACCUCUCCAUGAAGGACAUCGAGAACAUCAUCAUGACUGAGGAGAACCACAUAGAGAACCCUGAGGACUGCCAGGUGGAUAUAGACAGUUCAAGCCCGACGCAGCAGGUGAAGCAGACCUGUGUGCGUAAGAGUCUCAUUUGUGCGUUCGCCAUCGCCUUUAUCAUCAGCGUCAUGCUUAUAGCGGCCAAUCAGGUGCUGCGGAGUGGCAUGAAAUAA